CAUAAAAUACAAUAACAAUUCAAGUAGCAAUCGUAGCAAUUAAAUUUAUCAAAAAUAUUAUUUACAAAAAUUAUAAAUAUAUAUAAAAGAAAACUAACAAAGUAGAGAUAAAAAUGAAGAAAUCACCACGCAAAAAGAAAUGUAUUUGUAAUACAGUUGCUAUUCUCAAACAAAUUACAGGACAACCUAAACCUUUGGACGAUACUGAACUGAAUAAAAUCCGCUUAAACUUAUUUACGGAAAGAAAUUCAGAUGGAACGGGCUAUUUGGUUUUAAGAGGCAAAGAUAUAUUCGAUAGAUACAAACGACGUAUUACAGAUGCAGAUAUAAGAGCAAUAUGUUUGUAUUUAAAAGAAGAACCGAAAAGAAUCACCAGGCUAGACCUCAGCUACAACAACAUAACGGAUGUAGGAUUCUUCAAACUAUUGAAAGAGAUUCUUGUAAAAGGUCGAUCGAGUGUGAUAAACUUAAAUAUAAUGAACAAUAACUUAACGGAAGCAUCAGUUUUGAAUUUAGCAAAAUACGCGCAGUUUUUAAAGCUAAAAUAUCUGAGAUUGAAUGGUAACGACUUUGGAGUAAACGGAGCUGAAUAUUUUGCAGACUUCUUAAAAAAGAAUGACACUCUUCAAUAUUGUGAUAUCGGUGAAACUAAUCUGACUUUAACAGGUGUAACGCAUAUUGUAGCAGCUUUGCGAUGUGAUAAUGAAGGCAAUGACACUUUAAAAGUGUUAGACCUAAGCCGAAUAAUACCUUUAUUUAAUCGCUACUCAUACGAAACUAAAUGGUUAGCGUAUCACAUAGAAUUUUUAAUCGAAAGGAAUUCUACAAUAAUCGAGCUUCAUUUGCAGAAAAAUCAAUUUAUAGGUCAUGAUGUGGAAUAUUUUGUCAGAGGUCUUCGAAGGAACGAUACUUUGCUAUAUUUGGACCUAGGUUACAACAGAAUCGGUGAAUACGGCGCUCAAUUACUUGGCAAAUAUUUGGCCGAAAAACCUCCAUUAAUUUUUUUGAAUGUAGCAGGAAAUGGUAUAAAAGAUACGGGAGCGAGAGCGUUAAGUUUUGGACUUCCGUAUUCGAAAAUUCGAGCUUUGGACGUAGGUUAUAAUAAAAUAACUGAUGAUGGUAUUUUAGAUCUCUUGAAUACGUUGAAGAAAUAUUACUUUAUGCGCUUCUUGAAUAUAUGGGGGAAUACUAUAACUCAUGUUAGUUGUGUAGUUAUUGAGAGAAUGUUGAUGAGCGGCGCAUUGUUCCAACACACAAUAGAUGUUAAAGUGUAUGAAGUAGACAAUGUUCUUCAUGCAGCGUACUACCCAAAUCCGGCGAACAGAAAUAAACACUUGUACUACGAUGAACUGGACUAUGGAUGCGCUCAGCCGAUUUAUCAUAUAAAGAGAAAUGUGAUACCAGAGAAAAAAAAUGUUAAGGUUGAUUGUAAACAACGACACAGGCUGGAUAAAACUGAUAAAAAUAAUUUCUAAGG